UUGCUUAUUUUUUAAUUAUAGCUAUUCGUCAUUCAAAUAUUCAUUGAAAGACUUUGCAUAACUGUUUUUCCGACAGGGAAUACAAAUUCACAUUUUGGUUGCUACAAUUUUAUUUAUUGUCACCAACGUUAGCUUAGAUGUCAUGAAUUCCAUUCCCACGAUAAAACAACUGCUUUAUCUACCACUUCAUGUCCCCACGCUAGCAGAGAAGGCACCAGACAGAAGACAAAUCAGCAAUAAUAAUCGCCCACUUUAGCGGCAAAACCACCAACCACCAGACAGCGGACAAGAAAAAAUUUUUUUCACUGGUUGAUUGGAGAAGAAGACAAGCAUUGAUCAAUGAUUGCCCAUCUAUUUAUUUUAAUCGUCUUCCUCUCAAACUAAGUAGCGUAGGCAGUCCUUGAUGGAGGUUUUUGAUACGACAAUUGUGAAGCGUGAAAAUCUGGAUGAUUUUUCAAAUGACAACACAUACUUGGACCAAUUUAUGCCCUAUGGAGCUGAGGUGUUUGAAACACAGUCAAUAGAUUGGUUCUCCGGUUUGGUAGACGACCGUACAAUGCCAUCGACAUUGGGAAGUUUAUCGGAUUAUUCAAACCUAGAUCCGAGCGAAGAACGUUCCAAUGGUUUUGAUCUCCAACAACGAAAUAAUCAUUAUAGCAUUUACCAUGAAACAUCUUCCUCAGAAUUGGAUCACGGACCAGAUUUAGAUAAUAGCGAGUUAGAGAUCGACGUGAAAUCGUUUUACUCCCAAGAAAAUUUCUAUUCGCAAGGUUUAAAUACUACAGACGCUUUGAUCGAAUUCAAGACUGAAAAUAUUAAAACGGAAAGGAACGCGGAUUAUCUCAUGAAAUGCAGUGAAGAGGACGCGCUUGGACUUAGUGAUCGUGACAGCGAGUCAGGUUAUGAUUCUGUUGCCCAUUCGCCUACGUCAGAAACUCCAACUACUCCAUCAAGGUGUUUAAUAAUGGCAUCAUGCGAUAACGAGAUAUUAAAUCAAGGGGCAAAUGAAGUUAGGUCUCCAAAUGAACAGACUGACAAUCGACGGCCUUUCUUUUUAUCUGACGAGGAAAAACGAACUUUAAUUACUGAAGGCUUGCCAAUCCCUGCAGGUUAUCCUCUUACCAAGUCGGAGGAAAGAGCGUUGAAAAAAGUUCGCCGGAAAAUAAAAAACAAGAUUUCAGCCCAAGAAAGCCGUCGUAAGAAAAAAGAGUAUAUGGAGCACUUGGAAAAAAGAGUUGAAAUGUGCUCGAAUGAAAAUCGUGACUUGCGAAAAAAACUGGAUAAUAUGGAAACGGCAAACAGGGCGUUGAUCAGCCAGUUACAAAAACUUCAAUCGAUUGUUGCAUCGAAAGUUUCGACAACGCUAACUGCCUGCAUGUCUACACAAACUGAGGAGGAGAAAUCUAGUUAGUCCGAAUAAGAAAAUUUUGGGAACGUUUUUCUAAAAAUGGCAAAUCCUGUGAGAAGAUAUCCGAAAGAAGACGGAGUAAAAUAAAAUGAAGUUGAUUAUAAAUCACUUGACAAAAAUUCAAUUGAAUAUUUUUCUACUUCUUAAAAGGAUGGACAUUAUUUGUAAAUAAAAUAAGUCUGAAUGUUAAUUUUAACGCUAAAGUGAGAGCUCACAAUAUUGCAUUGAAAUAAAAUAGGCAAAGUGUACACUUCGCUCGUCCUGUACACCGUUUACAAAUAUCUUAUCCAUCUUUAUUAUUUAAAAUGAACAGUGAUGGUUUUUAUUUGUUGAUAUAUGAAGGUAGAAUUUAAAUUUUGGACGAAGAGAAUGUAGAUAUUUAUGAAAUUUCGCUUAUUUUGUUUCUUUGAUUGAAUAGAAAUGUUUGUCUUUAUAAUUUUA